UUGUUUCACUUCCCCUUCUCUCCCCAUAAACUAUUCGCACCGUCGACCUUUGAGAAUAUUUGCUUCUUCAAAUAAUUUGUAAAAGGGAUUUUGUUAGGCACCAUGGAUGCUUCUGCAACACCGUCGAAGAACCCUAAAGGGGCAUUCAAGCUCCUUGCUGAUCUUCCCUCCAAAGGCCUUUUCUCAUCCACUGUCGUUUCUUCCAAUUUGGGUGGAAUGCGUGUCUAUAUCACUGAUCGUGAUACAUCACCUCCAGAAAACCAGUUAAUAAAGACAGAUCAAAUGAACAUACUCAUUAGAUCUCUUUUGCUUAAGCAACAACAAAAGGCUGAAUCAAGUGCAAAAGGUGCAAGUGGAAAAGAAAGCUCAAGAAAGCGGGGUUUAGAAAGAGGUGUGGAUGGAAGGGCAACAACAAAAAGAGGUGCUUCCAAUGGUCAACAUGGUUCUCAGCCAGAGGGAUCAAGAUCACAUUCACAUGUACCUGAAAAUCUUCAAAGUUUAACUGUAGAGAAAAUACGUGCACUUUUAAAGGAAAGAGGACUUUCCCUAAAAGGAAAGAAGGAUGAACUGAUUAUGCGGUUGAGGAAUGCAACUGGUUGAGUAAGCUCCAUGACUUUGAGGUUAAGAGUAGUUGUACAUGUAAUUGAUGAAAUUAGGUUUUUAGUAUGUAACAAAUGAAAAUGUAAUACUCUCUUUAUGUUGAUGUUUACAUUUUAGAUGUUUGUUGGUUUGUGUGAAAACGGUUUUAAAUGCAAGAAAUGAGAAUGUAAAGUAAUAGUAUUCUUUAUA